GCCAAUAUCUGCAAUGUUGUCCUGAUGAGGCACACGGAGCUGGAAGAAGGAAUUGAUGUUUUGGACAAUAACGGAAACAUCGUCGGGUCUUCCAGAAUCGCUGCAAAACACGCACUGCUAGAAACAGCCCUGACGAGAGUGGUCCUGCCAAUGCCUAUACUGGUUCUACCUCCAAUUAUUAUGUCCAUACUGGAAAAAACAUCACUCCUGAGGUCUCGUCCCCGGAUGAUUCUCCCAGUCCAAAGCCUUGUGUGCCUCGCUGCCUUUGGCCUGGCCCUCCCCUUGGCCAUCAGUCUCUUCCCACAGAUGUCUGAGAUUGAGACGUCUCGGCUGGAGCCAGAAAUCGCAAUGGCCACCACCAGUAAGACUGUAGUCUACAAUAAAGGCUUGUAAGUGGAAGUGGACCAUCUCAGCCCAGAAGAUUUGGG